AUGGAAAGAAAACCUAUAGGAGAGAAACUGAGCAACAUAAGUGCAUUAAUUUAAAAAUAGUAACCAACAAAAGAGUAUUAAUUUCUUUAAUUUAGUUCUCAAGAUGAUUAAGAUGAAAUGAAACAAUAUAAAAUGAUUUUUCCUAACAUGAAUCAAUAAGAGAGUUAGGAAAAAAGCUUAAUAAAAGAUUCUGACAAACUCUAAUAAGUAUAGUCCAUAAUUUAAGAAUAAAAGCAAUUUUAAAGGUAUCAACAAAAUCGAACUAUUUUUAGUGAUAUUUCAAAAAUUUUGAAUAGAUUAGGUAAGAUAUAGGAACAAAAUCCUUAAGCAAACUCUAAAACAGCAAGCAUUAAUCAAUAAAUAAGUCCUUAAAGUCCUAUUGAGUAAAGUUAAAACUAAACUCCUAAUAACAGAAUGACUUAAAGUGUAUCAGUAAUACCUAAGUAAAAUACGCCUGUAUAACCUCCUUAACCAAUUCAAUUAUUUGUAUAAAAUAGUCCAAUAAAUGAUCAAUAAUAUAGGAAUUUAAAAGAAUAGAAUGUAGAUUUGUUAAGAUAGAUAGCAUAAUUGUAACCAUUAUAAUAAGUUGUAAAUGAUGUAAGAUAUUAGUAUAAUUUUGAAUAGCUACAACAAUUGUUAUAAUAAUCUAAUGAUAGAAUUAGAGAGUAACAAAAAUAAAUAGAUUUCUUGAUGCAAGACAAUAUAUAAUUAAAGCAAUAAUUAAUUCUAAUUGAAUAGGAAAAAAUUAAUAAUAAAAGAUAAUUUGAUGAAAUAAUGGCCAAUAAAUAAUUGGCUUAUUAAAGAGACUAUUAAGCUAUACGAUUUCAAGCAUAAGAAAAUUUAAAUACAUUAGAAUCUACUUGGAAAUAGCAAUAUGUAUUAUUAAGAACAGAAAAUGAGGCUAUUAUUAAUAAUUUGAAUGCUAAAUUAGAUAUAACAUAAAAGGAUAAUCAAAGUUAAUAAGAAUUAAUCAAUAAUCUUUUGGUUGCUAACAAAGAACUAUAAUAAAAUUUAUGUAAAUUAUUUUAUCAAUUUAGAAAGUAGAACAACUGAUUUAAACUAUUUUUAAUAAAGUUUAGAAUAAAAAUAAAAGGAAUUUGAAUAAUUAUAAUACAAUUAUAAUAAAUCUUUAGAGAAAUAUGAAACAAAUACAAAAUAAAUGAUAAAUCAAAAUUUAGAAAAAUAAAAACAUUAUGAAAAAAUGAUAAUUGAAUUAAAAUAACAUAAUGAUAUUUUAAGUUAAUAGAUUGUUGAAUUAGAUUAAACUCAUAAAUAAUCAAUUUCUAAUCAAUAAUUACAGGUAUAGCAUCAUAUAAAUGGAAAAUUGGAAGAAGUUUAAAAAAUGAGCAUUGUUGAGAAGCAAUAAAUUUAAUAGCUUUAUGAAGAAAAAUUAAAUAAAUUGAAUCAGGAUGUAAUAUAUAAUAUAUAUAAAAUAGAAAGAUUCCUAAAUAAAUAAAUAAUAAUAAUAAAUCAUGUAUUUAGAAUAAAAAUUAGCAAUAUUAGUUUAAGAAAAUAAAACAUUAGUAGAUUAAUUAAAUAAAGUAAAAUAAAAAGCAGAGAAUCUUGAAUAAGCUUUAGUCACAUAAGAAGCAGCUUAUUAAAAUUUAACAAAAGAUUCAUAAUAUAAAACUUUGUCAUUAACCAAAUAAAUUUAAGAUUUAAAUUCAAUGAUUGGAAAUCCAAAUUAAAAUAAUAAUAAUCAACAAAAUAGUACAAGAAGAUCGGAAGCAACUGAGUCAACUGAUAAAAUUUAAUAAUUAGAGUAAUAAUUAGCUUAUAAAAAAGAAGAAAUGGAUUUACUUUUACAUCAUUUAGAUUAGGUAUUUGAAAUAAAUAGAGAUUUUGAAAAUAAAAUAAAAACCUUAUAAGCAUAACUUGAAUUAAUGGAAGAAAAGAGUAAUAGAGAAUAAGAUUAGCAUAAUAAUCUAAUAAAAUAACUAAAACAAUAAAAUGAAGAUUUAAAAUAAAAAUUUGAAGUCAAUAUUUAAAUAGAAUCUUAAAAAGAUUAAUAAAUUAAAGAAUUAUAAUAAUAAUUGUUAGAGGAGGAAUUUUUAAAAAGAAAAUAAUAUGAUUAAAUUACAUAAAAUGAGAAACAAUAAUUUUUAGAAGUAUGUAUAGAAAAAUAUUAAUUAGCAAAUAAAGUAAUUGAAGAUAAAAAAUGUUGAAUUGAUAAACUAAAAUGAGAUUUUGGAGUAAAAAGAAAAAGAGUUGAAGGAAUAAUAUGAUCAAGCCAUAAGAGAAUAAAAAGAUUAAUAAUAAGUAUUUUAUUUUAUAAUAAAAAAGCGUUUUGAAGAAUAAAAACUUGUUAUUGAAUAAUAAAUUUAAGUAUUUUAAAAAUAAAAUUAAGAACAAUAAUCUAUUAGUAACUAAUUAAAAAGAGAUUUUAGAAAUACUGAAACAGAUAAAAGAGUUGUUGAUAAAGAUCAUCAAAUUAAAACUCUAGAAUAAAAGCUAAAAGAGUAUGAAAAGAAAUUUAAAGAAUAUGAAUUAAAAUAAAGAACUAUUGAUGAGAUUUAGAACUAAAAUAAUUAAAUGAUUUAGCAUUAUGAGAUUAAAAUAAAGGAAUUAGAAUUGAGAAUAGGUACAUAUGAUGAUCAAAUAAAAAUAAAUAAUAAAUAAGCUUCUAUUUAAUUAGCAAAAAUUAAGAAUUUAGAAUCUUAGUUAUUGACUUGUGAAGAUGAUAUUCAAAGAUUAAGUGAUAUUAAUUAAAAUUUGGAAAGCCAUAUUGCAAAGUCAAAUAGUAUGAAGACUAAUUCUUAAUCAAAUAAUUAAGCAGAAUUAUAAAAAUUAUAAGAUGAGAAUUUGAAAAUAUAGGAAUAGAUAAACUAAAUAAAAAAAGAAAAAAUAAAAAGUGUUUAAAAUUACGAAAAUUAAAUAAGUUAAUUACAAAAACAGAAUUAGACUAAUAUUGAUCAAAUCAAUUGUAUGAAAAAUGAAAACUAAUAAGUUUCAGAUAAUUAUUGUAAUAAAAUAAUAUCCCUUGAAUAGAAUAUUUAAGAAUUAUAAAACUAGAUUAAAAAAUUGAAAAAUGAAAAUUCUGAAUUGAAAAUUUAAUUUGAUGAUUUAACUGAAUAAAAUAAAGUACUUUAAGAAUAAGUAGCAAAAUUAAAGAAAGAGAAAGCUUAAAUGACAAUGAAAUUAAUGCAUUCUGGGAUAGCUAAUCUUGUUAAUAGUUAAGUAAGUUAAGUUCAAGAUAAAAAUCAAUGA